AAAGUUUCCGAAAUAUAUUGCCAUGGCUAACCAUACAGAUAAUUGUUCGUUAGCAGCUGUGCAAAGCAAGAAAUCUGAAGCCUAAUCUACAUAAUGAGGUGAUCAUUUAUAACGCUGCCUAUAGCAUUUCGAAAAACAAAAACAAUAUAUCAGCAAGCAACCUCCUUCCUGUUCAAGAUAAGAGACCCCGUGGCUGGCAUCACAAUUACUAAAAGCUGAGAGCAAUAGUAGUUUGGCGUAUACUACGUAGUUUCUAAACAGAAAAGUGCAUGUUAGACCUAUGUUUCGCUUUGGAAGCUUUAAAACCUAUAUCGUAUUUCGUAUUUAAGGUGUGUGUGUGUGCAGUUCAGAGUGAUUAAAAUAUCUUGUGAUAACUUCGACAAUGUGAAAAUUGCAGUGCUAUAGACCCAGUCAAUGGAAUUUUAAGCUGAUAAGUUUCAGAGUAAGUUCGUUGAUGCGUUUCGAAGUAUAGCACCAACUGAUACAAAAUAACAAAAAAAGAUACCGUAUAACGCCGUCCUCUCGAGAUAUGACUUAGGGAAUAACGAGGAAAAAUUACGGAGGUUUUCACCAAAAUUAACGAUCUCUUGACGCCGCUGUAUUCAUUUGAAAACUUCAGCAAUGGAUCAACGGUUACAGCCAAGACUGGUACACUAUACCAAGGCGGGCGACGUGAAUGAAGUCGCCAGCAUCCUCGACAAAGGUGCUGAGGUCAAUGCCAGAGGCGACUGGGGCAUGGAAGACGGCAGAGCCGCCCUCCACUUCGCCGUGGCAGGGGAGCAUAUCGAAGUGGCCAGGCUGCUCAUCUCCAGAGGCGCCUACGUUGACCUCGAGAGCAAACUGAAGGACGACUGGGGGGCGGCACCCAUCCAUCUAGCGGCAGAGACGGGAAACAGCGCAAUGGUCGAACUACUGCUACAGCAUGGCGCCAGCACAGAGACCAUGGAUAAUGAAAAACUUCGAGCCGCACAUGUUGCCGCCGCGCAUGGCAAACUAGACGUCCUGAAGACGCUCUAUCGCUACAAUUGCGACCUGAACGCGCGCACCGGCGACCAGUCGACUGUUCUGCAUUACGCCGCAGGCUACGGCGACCUGGAAACGGUCAAGUGGCUCGUCGACAAGGGCGUGAAACACGACCUGAAGAAAAGGGGAGGGAAGUUGCCCAAGGACCUGGCCGCCAUGUUUGGUCACAAUGAUAUCAAGAAGUACCUGAAGGAUCCUUUCACUACUGUGGGAGAGAAAAGCGCAAGGCGCAGUUUCCGAAACAGCUUCCGCAAGAAGAAGAAGCGGAAGGAAUUCCGCCCCACGCACUCCGACCCCAACCUGCACAGGAGCAGCGAAGCGACCCCGUCGGCCUCCCUCGUCUCCCCGACGCUGCGCAGCUCCGGGUCGUCUUCAGAAGCCGGGGGGGAGCCGCCCCACCACCAGGAGCGCCCUGCGUCUCAGAGCACGCUAACCCGAAGUCACAGCAGCCACCGCAACGGCUUCGAGGAGGACGUCCGCCUCCCGCUGGACUCGGCGAGCUCCAUCACGGAAUUGUCGGCUGGGGGCGGAUUCGCGCCAGCGAGGCCUCCUUAUACACAGAGCAAUUUUGGCAACAGCCGGAGCAGUUCCAGAGCUUCAGGAAGACACAAGAGCAAGAGAGACCAGUAUGAAAAACAAAGCCAGAGGCCAGACAAUGGGAUCAUUAGUAAUGUCAGUAACAGCCGAAGUAGCUCCAGGGCAUCAGGACGCCACCAGAGCAAAAGGGAACAGUUUGAGAGGCAGCAAGCAGCCGGCAGCCAGGAUCACUCGAACACACUCGAGAUGAUCAACAGCAUGGACUCCAUAAACAGGAGCAGUUACCGCUCUUCGGGCAGACACAAGAACAAGAAGCAACAGGAACAGGAACAAAUAGCUCAGGAACAAGCCUCCAACAUCAGAGUGCUGGAGGAAGCGAAUGAAAGUCACAUCAGAACUAUCACCAACAUAGAAAGAGAGGCGCAGGAACUGCAAGGACGACUACAGGCGUUGACGGAACAGAAUCACCAGUACCAGAUGGAUAUGGAUAGACUGCGCCAGAGAGAGAUGGAACUGGUCGCGAUGAACGACGCCCACAAAGAGACGAUAGCCAACCGCGAACUUGAGAUCGCUCGCCUCAGCCAAGACUUCAAGCACAUUGCAGAAAACGCGCAGAAGUCCAAGACAGCCCACGAGGACCGUAUAAGGACGCUCGAAGAUCGCAUCCGCGUCUUGGAAGAGAGAGACAAAACCAAUAAAAGGGAGUUGGAGAGAGCGAGAGACGAGAAUGAAAACUUGUCGUAUAUGCUACAAGAGUCGGGGAAGACCGGCACGAAGGCCCUCGAGUACCAGGAGAAGUACAGGACCAGAGUCAUGGAGCUGGAGCAAAUGGAAGUAGAGCACCAGCAGGUAGUGACUAACAUGAGGAAAGACUUGGACAACAUGUCCCAGCAGCUGCUCUUGGCAAACCAGAAGUUAUUAGCGAACCAAGAGAGAAAGAACGAAGGUCUUCAGGAACUGCUCCAUCAGGACGCCACCAACAACCAGACGAUCGCAGCGCUCAAGAUGGAGGUGGACGAUCUGUCGAAGAAACUGGCCCACAGCGAUCAAAAGUGGAUCAAUUUGCAGACGCAGCAUCAGGCCAGUCUCUCUGAGCUGCUAGAGCAGGACUCGCGCAACAACCAGACCAUUAGCGCCCUCAGGAGCAACGUGGAGACGCUCAGGAUGCAGCUGACAGAUGCCGAGCGAAAGCUGGCUACCAGCCAGAAUCGAGAACAUUUGGUCGAGCUGCAAAGAGAAGUGUCUGCCAGCCAGCAAAGCGUCAACACUUUGAGGGGCCAAGUCGAAUUCCUAGUGACCAAGUUGGACAAUUGUCAAAAGGACCAGCAAACGAAAGAGUCGGUCAUAAAGCAACAAGAAGGAACCAUCAACUCUCUCCAGCAGCAGCUUGCAAUGACGAACAGAGAUCUCUCCCAGACCACGGAGAAAUUAGCUAGUAUGCAGACAGCUCAACAGCAAAUCUUGUCUCGCCACAAGAGGGAUGUCGACCAGAAGGCCAAUGAACGACAGAUACAGCAGCAAGCAACCAUACAGGACCUGCUCUACCAAGAUGCCACGAAACAGGCCACAAUUGAUCAGCAGAAGAAGGACAACGUGGAGUUGGAGGAAAAACUGAAGAAGGCGCAGAGUGCACUUUUGGAUUAUCAGGACGAACAAAAGGCCAAGAUCAAGAAGCUGGAGGACCUGGAAGUGACCAACAGACAGACGAUCAGCUCCCUCAUGAGGGAAAUAGACCAACUCACAAAGAGGAUCAAAGACAACACGCAGGCGCAGCAGAAUGCGAUGCUGGAGAGCCGCGUGAAGGAGCUCGAAAAAGAGGUGGACUUGAAAGAGAAGGCUUUGGAAAAUCUGACAGCGAAUAAUCACCACCUCAAGUCUAAGUUUGACCAAGAAACUGAUCAGCUGAACUUCCUGAACAACCGAGUGGCUGAGCUCCAGGCAAUGCUGACCGCUAAGAGCGUCAACAUCGAGGUCUUGGAAAAGGACAACAAAGUCCUUGGCGACAAACUGAGGAGGAUGGAGAGCAGACAAGGAGAACAGAAUGCUUUAGAAACGAGGAUCGUUGACUUGGAGGCCGAGACGGAAGCGAAAAAGAUGACGAUCAGCUCCCUGACAGCCGAGAACAAGUACCUGGCGUCCAGACUAGAGGAGGCUGGCAGGACAGACUCUUACGCUAAGCAACUAGAGAAGGAGCUUCAGGAGAUACGAGACCAAGACCAAGUGAAUAAGCAGAAAAUCGCCUCUCAUAAGAGGGAGGUGGAAAAGCUCACUCGUCAACUGAACGACACGCAAAAUAACCUUGUGGCUUCUAAGAGCAAGUUGCACGACUUCGACUCGAGCCUGAGGAGCACGGAAGAGGCAUACAAGCAGACGAUUCGCUCCUUGGAGCAGAAGGCUUCCCGACUACAACAAGAUCUACACGAGUGUCGAAUCGAUAUUAAAACGCACCAGACGAAGUUGAUGAGAGCCGAGAACCAGCUGAUGGAGGCUGACAAACUCAAGGGCAACAAGGCGGCGCUGGAGAAGAGGAUCGUCAAGCUGACCCAAGAACUCCAAGAAUGCAAGCAGAAUGCAAGCAAGCCCAUGAGCGAAAACGAACGUCAGAAGGCCAUCGAAUCGCUCAACAACCUCAUAGGCAUAAAAGACACCAAGAUAUCCGUCUUAGAAAAGAAACUCGAGGAAAAGGAGAACCAGCUCAUUGAAUCACAGAGAGCACUGGAACAGCAGGAUCUAGAUUUUAGCACUUGGCAGGACAACGAGAGACGAGACUACAAUCAGAGAAUCGCUGAUCUCAGUCGACGGUUGGAAGAAGCAACGAAAAAGACUUAAAUAGAGAAAGAGAGAGAGAGAGAGAGUCCUUUUUCGUAAAGUUUGGACCUGAUGAAAAACAUUGACUCAUCAAUCACUUCACGUUGUUAAUCCUACUUCGUAAACCACGUGGGAAAAGAAAAGGAUGAUAAUAUACCAACCUAACCUUAUUGCACAACCAGGAAAUAACCAGCCAACUAGCUUUGAAGACUGGCAUUAUUCUCCAUAUCUAAUUUCAUUACUUAUUGUUGGCUGAUAAGCAACAGGUGUGCUUAAUCUAGCUAAAACUGAAACCGCAUGUAGGCUGCUAUUUCAUUUCCGCUUAACUCUAAGGUUCAUUGACCUCGGAGACAUAUUGAUUCUUUGGGUUCUUGAAAGGCGAGAUCGAUUCUUUGAAAAAAACAGCUGUCCUUUCUGAUCAGGUAUAUGUAUAUUUCCUGCAAUCUGUGUCCUCUCGUAAUUUGUUGUUUAGUUUUUGGGCUAUCGCACAUCAUUGUUGGUAAAUAACAUUUCAUCAUUGUGGUAUCGAAGGAUGCAGAGACAACGGUCUAGGUGAUAUACCUAGACCGUGGGAGAGACAUAUUGAAGUUUUUCGUAUUGUUUCUUGAGGGCUGUUCGUUACUGAAAUGUUUUCAGGAAGGGUAUAUGAUGAUAUUUCUGGAGACAAACACAUGUAUAAUUUCUAUGGUUGUAAGAACCAUUUCGUAAUCAGUUUCAUUUCAAAUCGCAGCUGACUUUAACGUAGUAUCUGUAUAACGUCUCUGGCACUGAAAUCAGUAACUGUAUUUUUUGUUUUGAGGCCGUUGUUAUCAUCAGAUAGAAACUGAUUAACCCCCAGAUAGCCAGCUUGAAAUGGCUUUAUGUUGGGGUUUUCUUAAUUCAUUUUUAUUUUCUAUGUGCCCAUUAUGUUAGGGAGGUCUCGUUUCAUCGUUCCUCAGUUCAGCCAAUCUUCAAUCAUUACUGUCCAUCUGUUUGUCGAGAUAUUCAUACAUUUUUGUUGCCACUGUAGACCUAAGUAGGCGCCUCCGAAUGAGAAAGACUUUUCAUCUUAGGAGAAAACUUGUUUUGUUUGUUUAUAUAUUUCAUUAGAGACGAAAGGUUCGAUAAAUGCAGGAAGUACUUCAGGGCAAUAUCCAUUUUUCCAAUUCUCGUGCACGAAGUUUCCACAGCCUAAAGUUUACUUCUUAAUUUUAUGGUCUAAUUGGGAGUCUGUUGUUGCCUAUUCGGAGUCGCCUAAUUAUGCCCGGACGUAUUUUGCACAACAUUUAUCAGUAAGAAAAACAGAAGGGCGUCGAAAAUCGACAAGGAUUUUAAUAGAUUUGUAUUAAAAUAUC